CUAAAAGCCCACUUCCACUGAUGGCGUGGUCUGUUUUUACCCUCAGAAAGGAAAACCGCUCAUUUGGCUCUCUAUCUCUCUCUCUAAAUUUUUUUUUACUCUAAGCAGAAAUUUUAUUUAUUUAUCGCUACACACAUUAAAUCCAAAAAUGUAAUACCAAGAAAACGGUAACUAAAAACAUGGAAGAAUUCUCAACUGGUACCGACCCUCGUGUGCCGGCGGUCAAGCCGGACUCUAAGCCAUCUUCCUUCGAGGGAGUUCCACUCGAAGCUGCCUCCGCUGCUGUUUCAGAAGAUGCCGAGGUGGAUAAGGACUUGCUGUGUCCGAUUUGUAUGCAGAUAAUUAAGGACGCCUUCCUCACGUCUUGCGGUCACAGCUUUUGCUACAUGUGUAUAAUUACCCAUCUUCGAAACAAGAGCGAUUGCCCUUGUUGCUCUCAAUUUCUCACUAAUAAUCAGCUUUUCCCCAAUAUUUUGCUCGAUAAGCUUUUGAAGAAGACUUCAGCUCGUCAAAUAUCAAAAACUGCAUCCCCUGUGGAACAGUUUCGUCAGGCGUUACAGCAGGGUUAUGAGGUUACAAUCAAGGAGCUGGACAGCCUUUUGUCCCUCCUUGCAGAGAAGAAGAGAAAAAUGGAACAGGAAGAAGCUGAGAGAAAUAUGAAAAUACUGCUGGAUUUCUUACACUGCUUAAGGAAGCAAAAAGUUGAUGAACUAAAUGAGGUACAAACUGAUCUUCAGUUUAUUAAAGAGGACAUAAAUUCUGUGGAGAGACAUAGAAUGGAUUUGUAUCGUGCAAGAGAUAGAUACUCUGUGAAAUUGCGGAUGCUUGGAGAUGACUCUAGCACAAGAAAGCCAUGGUCUUCAUCCAUGGACAAGAACAAUAGUGGAAUUGUCUCUAGUUCUCUAAAUAUCAGGGGAGGGAUGCCUGCAGGGAAUCUUCAAAACAAGAAAAUAGAUGGAAAGACACAGUUGAGUGGCCAUGGUAGUCAGAGAAAAGAUGCCUUAAGUGGAGCGGACUCACAAGGGUUCAAUCAAUCUGGUCUCUCUGUUGCAAGAAAAAAGCGGAUUCAUGCCCAGUUUAAUGACCUACAAGAGUGUUACCUGCAAAAGCGACGUCAGUUGGCAAACCAACUGCAUAUUAAGCAAGAAGGUGAUAAAAAUGUCAUUCAUAGAGAGGGUUAUAAUGCGGGUCUUGCAGAUUUUCAGUCUGUGCUGAGUACUUUUACUCAAUACAGUCGACUAAGAGUCAUUGCUGAAGUGAGGCUUGGAGAUCUCUUUCAUUCAGCCAAUAUAGUAUCAAGCAUAGAAUUUGACCGUGAUGAUGAGUUGUUCGCUACAGCUGGAGUGUCUCGGCGCAUUAAGGUUUUUGAUCUCUCAAUGGUCCUAAAUGAACCAGCGGAUGUACACUGUCCUGUUGUGGAGAUGUCCACACGUUCUAAACUAAGUUGCUUGAGUUGGAACAAGCAUUGGAAGAAUCAUAUAGCUAGUAGUGAUUAUGAGGGGAUAGUAACCGUGUGGGAUGUAACAACACGUCAGAGUCUAAUGGAAUAUGAAGAACAUGAAAAACGAGCAUGGAGUGUUGAUUUCUCACGGACAGACCCCUCAAUGCUUGUAUCUGGUAGUGAUGAUUGCAAGGUGAAAGUUUGGUGCACAAAGCAGGAGGCCAGUGUUAUUAAUAUUGACAUGAAAGCAAAUAUAUGUUGUGUCAAGUAUAAUCCUGGAUCUAGCGAUUUCAUUGCGGUUGGUUCAGCAGAUCAUCACAUCCACUAUUAUGAUUUGAGAAACAUCAGUAGUCCACUUCAUGUGUUCAGUGGGCACAAGAAAGCAGUCUCAUAUGUGAAAUUCUUGUCUGAAAAUGAACUUGCUUCUGCAUCUACAGAUAGCACACUAAGGUUAUGGGAUGUGAAGGAGAAUUUGCCGCUUCGAACUUUUAAAGGCCAUACAAAUGAGAAGAAUUUCGUAGGCCUUACUGUAAACAGUGAAUAUAUUGCAUGCGGCAGCGAAACAAAUGAAGUGUACGUGUACCACAAGGAAAUAUCGAAACCGGUAACAUGGCAUAGAUUUGGUUCACAAGAGAUGGAGGAUGCAGAUGAAGAUGGGGGUGGAUCGCACUUCAUAAGUGCGGUGUGUUGGAAGAGCGAUAGCCCUACCAUGCUAACUGCUAACAGUCAGGGAACCAUAAAAGUGCUAGUCCUUGCGGCUUGACAAAAUCGAAGUUCAAAGAGAGUAUUGUUUUUCGGUUCAACUGUAUAUAGGUUGUAAGGAUAAAAUAUGAUUAGUGAAUUUACCUCUGUUGUUUUCCCUCAAAAUUAUGAUUGUUAUACUAUUAUUCAACCAGCUUUAACGAAAA